UUGAUUGGUUCUUAUUGAAUACAAUAAAAAAACGAGUGCCGUUCUCUACCAAUAGAAGUUGAACUACAUGCUGUUCUCGCCAUUGGAUAUAGCCACAUGAAUAAUUAUUCUAAGGCCCAGAAGUGAAAGAAAGAAAUGAGUGGCGACGAUAGCGAAAGUGAAAGGCCCUUUUGGGAGAUUGUGGUUCCGGACUUGGAGUAUGAUUCUUGUUCGGCCAUUGUUAUUUGGGCUUAGAAGAACAACAAAAGCUAUGACGACGAUCAUCUUCUCUGGUGUUGUUGCUCCUCCUACUCUACGUGUCAGAUCGGUCUUCACUCCAGCGGCGAAUCCAGCAACCGAUCGAGGUUCCAUGGCGAGUCCCUCUGGUGGUCCAAAGUGGGCUCAGAAAACCAUCACUCUUCCACCGCAACGCCGUGGAUGUCAUCUCAUCACUCCUAUGAUUGUGAAGGAAAUUAGACAGGAUCUGUCGGGUUUCAACUGUGGUCUUGCUCAUGUCUUCUUACAACACACAAGUGCUUCUCUUACAAUCAAUGAGAAUUAUGAUCCAGAUGUUCAGGCUGAUACUGAGACUUUCUUGAACACCAUUGUUCCUGAGGGGAGGUCAGCUCCUUGGAGGCAUACCAUGGAAGGUCCAGAUGACAUGCCAGCUCAUAUCAAAUCGUCAAUGUUUGGGUGUCAACUCACAAUCCCAAUAACAAAAGGAAAACUUAGCAUGGGAACCUGGCAGGGAAUAUGGCUUUGUGAACACCGUGAUGCUCCAACAGCACGCAAAGUUGUGGUCACACUCAAUGGAAUCUAGAUAUGUCUCUAAUCUAUACAUGUUAAGGGUUUUUGUAACCUCGUGGAUUUACUUACGGUCUUGUAAUGGAUGUUGUUCACUUUUUCUAUGAAACAAUGCUCGUCUGCUUGUAAUCUGCA